CCCCCGCGGGGCAGCGGGCGGGGCGCGGGGAAGAUGGCGGUGGUGGCGCCGCUGCUGGCGCUGCUGUGGGCGCUGCCGGGGCUGUGCCGCUGGCUCGCGCGGCCCUACUACCCGCUGUCCGCGCUGCUCGCCGCCGCCUUCCUCAUCGUGCGCAAGGUUCCGCCGCUCUGCCGCGGGCUGCCCUCGCAGCGGGAGGAUGGCAACCCCUGCGACUUUGACUGGAGGGAGGUGGAGAUCCUCAUGUUUCUCAGCGCCAUCGUCAUGAUGAAGAACCGGCGCUCCAUCACCGUGGAGCAGCACAUCGGGAACAUCUUCAUGUUCAGCAAAGUGGCCAACGCCAUCCUGUUCUUCCGCCUCGACAUCCGCAUGGGGCUGCUCUACCUCACGCUCUGCAUAGUGUUCCUGAUGACCUGCAAGCCCCCCCUGUACAUGGGCCCCGAGUACAUCAAGUACUUCAGCGACAAGACCAUUGAUGAAGAGCUGGAGAGGGACAAGCGGGUGACAUGGAUCGUGGAGUUCUUUGCCAACUGGUCCAGUGAGUGCCAGUCCUUCGCCCCCAUCUUUGCCGACCUCUCUCUCAAGUACAAUUGCCAGGGGCUGCAGUUUGGGAAGGUGGACGUGGGCCGGUACACGGACGUCAGCACCAGGUGUGGGGGACAUGGCCUGGCCCCCCGGCGUGGCCCCUGGGACCCCCUGGCCCCCUUGGGCUGCCCGGGGCUCACUGUGGGCCUGUCCUGCCGCAGGUACAAGGUCAGCACCUCGCCCCUUACCAAGCAGCUGCCCACCCUCAUCCUGUUCCAGGGGGGCACAGAGAUCAUGCGGCGGCCCCAGAUCGACAAAAAGGGUCGGGCCGUGUCCUGGACCUUCUCCGAGGAGAACGUGAUCCGAGAGUUCAACCUCAACGAGCUCUAUCAGAAGGCCAAGAAGCAGUCGAAGCCGCAGGAGGAGGGGCCCGAGGAGGCCCCGCCCGCAGCCACCGGGCACGCGGAGGGGGAGACCAAGAAGGACAAGUAGAAGCUUCCCUGCGCUGUCGCCCAUCACCACGCCGCCAUCGCGCUGGUGGCACCGGCCUCGCCCGGUCCUGCCCGGCACCGCUCUCCGUGGGGGUCGGUCCCGGCCGAGCCCUGGGAGAGUGGCGAGGCCCCCCGGCCCGGUGCGGGCAGGGCGGUAGGAGGGGCCCCGCCUCGGUUGUAACGCUCGCGCUCUCUCAUCGCUGACAAUAAACGGUCCGUGCGGUGCCCAUG